GACUGUGAGCUGGAGGAAAGAUUAAAAAAACAGAAAUUUCAUCUUUGUUCUCUGAAUGUUUGUGAAGCCGCUUUGCAGACGCUUUGUGACUAGCCUGAACUUACUGACACCACACCUGACAGUAGGUUGUAAGAGGAGUAUGCAGCUCAGUGCUCUUUGUUCAUAACAACACAAUCCACCUGCUGAAAAUGACUGUGCAGAUGGGGAUCCUGCUUUUGGCUCUGCUGGGCCUCGGCGCAGCGCUCGUCUGUCCUGAUGGAGGCAUGUGUGAGGAUAAAAACACCUGCUGCAAGAACACCGUGGGAGGAUACGGAUGCUGCCCCCUUCCUCAUGCUGAGUGUUGCUCAGAUCACCUCCACUGCUGCUACAAGGACACAGUUUGUGAUCUCGUCCACUCAAAGUGCGUCAACAAGACAGUUUCUCUGCCCUUGAUCAGACGAGUUCCCACCAAACAGGCCCUGCUCGUCCCUCAGCUCGAGGAACGAGUAAAAGCAGUCAUGUGUCCGGACCAGCAGUCGGAGUGUCCGGAUGACACCACCUGCUGCCAGCUUCUGGACGGCUCCUGGGGCUGCUGUCCGUUAGUGAAGGCGGUGUGUUGUGAGGAUAAACUCCACUGUUGUCCCGAGGGAACAAAGUGUGACAUCGCUCACUCGAGGUGUUUGUCCGCCUCACUCGAGUCCUUCCCCAUGCUGCAGAAAAUGCCCGCCAGGAGGAGGGACAAUGCUACAGCCUCUGCGGUCACUUCAGUCACCUGUCCAGGUGGAAGAAGCAGCUGUCCUGAUCAAUACACCUGCUGCCUGUUGCUCAGUGGAGACUACGGCUGCUGCCCGUAUCCAGAGGCCAUAUGCUGCAGCGAUCACCUCCACUGUUGCCCUAGCAACACAGUAUGUGACCUUGAGGGUGGUGUCUGCAAGUCUGGCGAGGUGCAGCUAUCUCUGCUGAAGAAGAUCGCAGCCGUCCCUAAUGACGUCGAUUGUCCAGACAAGACAUCGGUGUGUCCGGACCAGACAUCAUGCUGUCGCCUGACAAGCGGCUCUUACGGCUGCUGUCCGAUGCCCAAUGCCGUCUGUUGUUCAGAUCACAUCCACUGUUGUCCUGCAGGAACAGAGUGUGACCUCGUCCACAGCACCUGUAUGUCGCCCCAAAGAGAGACCACCGAGAUCGUCAAGAUCAACGCUGCAGAGACGAAGCUGAUAGCAGUACAGAGCAAUGAAAACUCUAAAGUUGCUUCAGUUCCCUGCAACGACUCUGUGGCCUGUGCUGACGGGUUCACCUGCUGUAAAUCAUCUGCGGAGCAAUGGGCGUGCUGUCCGCUUCCAAAGGCCGUGUGUUGUGACGACCACCUGCACUGCUGUCCUCACGGCACCCUCUGUAACCUGGUCGAAUCCACAUGCGAUGAUCCUGCUGGCAGCACCGUGAUGCCCUGGCUUACAAAAGUUCCCGCCUUCCCUCUGCUGACCAAGAACAGCAGGUGUGAUAAAUCCACGUCGUGUCCGGGAAAAGCCACCUGCUGCAAGACGGCGGGCGGAGGCUGGGCGUGCUGUCCUCUGCCUCAGGCUGUGUGCUGUGACGACCACGUCCACUGCUGCCCUCACGGUACCGUCUGCAAUCUGGAGGCUGAAAGUUGUGACGACCCGUGGGGUUUCCUCCCGUCCCUCCCGAUGGUGGAGAAGGUGUCGGCUCUGAUCUCAGACGUCCAGGACGAGAAAUGUGACAAGCAGACGAUGUGUCCCGGAGGAACCACCUGCUGUAAGGGAGACUCUGGACAGUGGGCGUGCUGCCCCCUACCUCAGGCUGUGUGCUGCAGUGAUCGUGAGCACUGCUGCCCAAAAGGCUAUAGAUGUAACGUAGCUGAACAGACGUGUGAUAAACCCGGAGCCCUCGGUCUGCCCUGGCUGCAGAAGAUCCCCGCUCUGCACACGGAGAACAGUCCGGCUGUUUCCGCUCCACCUCCUCCGGUCAGGAACAUGUGUGACGCCCAGACCAGCUGCCCGAAGGACACGACCUGCUGCUUCAUGGACAAGGCGCAGAAGUGGGGCUGCUGUCCUCUGCCAAAUGCCGUCUGCUGUAAGGACGGGAACCACUGCUGCCCCAGCACUCACACCUGUGAACCUCAUCGCUCCUCCUGCUCAAAGGGCCCUCAUGUCAUCCCCUGGUUCACUAAACUGAGCGCUCUGACCGAGCCGUCCGCCGUCACAGACGUUAAAUGUGACGACAAGAGCAGCUGCGCUUCAGGAACGACCUGCUGUAAGCUGGAUUCAGGAGAGUGGGGCUGCUGCCCGCUGGUGAAGGCGGUUUGCUGUGCAGACCACCAGCACUGCUGUCCGCAGGGAUACACCUGCAACAUGCACACAGGAACGUGUGAGAAGAAGAGCAACGACGCCCUCAUCAGCACCCUCCGUCAGAGUGAAGUGGUACAGUCCAAGCCUGCGGUCACAGAGGACGACGCAGACGUACCAUGUGACACCAUGGGGGUGUAUCACUGCCCCGGGCGAGACACGUGCUGCAAGAUCUCAGACACAGAGUGGGCCUGCUGCCCCUCGCCCAAGGCUGUGUGCUGCUCGGACUCAAAGAACUGCUGUCCCGCAGGAUUCUCGUGUGACCUGAAGUCUCAGAGUUGCGCCCCGCACUCCCCGCUGACCUGGGACUCUUUGUUCGGGGACCGCAAGAAAGACUUUAACAGAGCUGGACUUUAACCCUGCGUUAGACGUUUAGCUUAGCGUCAUCAACGUGGACACACACACCACAUCGUCUCGUCUACACUCCUGACUUCGGUUUGGUCAUUAAUGGAAAUGAAUUUACAAAGUUUCUGCACUCGUGUUUAUUUUUUUUGGUUGGUAGGUGUGGAGGAAACCCGCAUUCAGGGGACACCACAGCCUCUCUUUAGGUGAGCGCAGUGUGCAGGAGUCUUUAAUGUAUUUAUCAUGAUGACACUUACUCUCUGGAAAUCAAAACAAAUACGCUAACCGUGCCAGGCUCCAGUGAAGAUUUGUUUUAUUCUGUUUUUCUUAUCGCCAAUGAAAUGUGGAAAAAAAGACCAAAACUGACGAGCUAUGAGCCACCUUCUGACUUCUCGUCUUGUCUGUUAUGCUCAACUCUUAACCAGUAACUUUCUACUGAUGUGCAAAGUUGGUAGUGAAUUAAUGAUGGCGUUUAUCGAGUUCUUUCUGCCGUCGUGUGGUUCAUGGCCUCAUGGUAGCUAACCUCGCAUCCGUCUGAAACGGAGCGAUUUAAAAAGUCAUUUUAGCAAAUUGUGAAAUUUGUCUCCAGGAAACAGAUUAAAGAGAUUUUAAAACAC